AUGGGCUUACCUGCCGGCUACAACGAUAAACAAACCCGUUUCAAUUCAGAGGCCGAGGCCUACCAUCCUUAUGAAUAUCAGACUGAGAAUAACGACUCCUGGGCUGGCGCCCUGCCGGUGAAGCAAGGAUUGUAUGAUCCUAGCUUCGAGAAAGAUGCGUGUGGUGUCGGCUUCGCCUGCCAUAUCAAGGGCAAGGCAAGUCAUAAAAUAGUCAGCGAUGCCCGGAAUCUUCUUUGCAACAUGACCCACCGCGGUGCGGUUGGCUCUGAUGCUCGAGAUGGUGAUGGUGCUGGUGUGAUGACUUCGAUCCCUCACAAUUUUUUUGUCAAGAACUUUGAGAGGGAGGAGAACAUUGGAUUACCACCCCUGGGACAGUAUGCUGUGGGAAAUCUUUUCUUCAAGCCGAAUGAUGAGGAAACGUUGCAGGAGUCGAAGAGGCAGUUGGAAGAUAUUGCUGAAUCGUUAGGACUACGAGUUUUGGGAUGGCGAGCACCUCCUGUAGACUCUUCUCUCCUUGGACCUGCUGCAUCCUCGCGCGAGCCCUUCAUUUUACAGCCGUUUGUUGUUCUUGCAUCCGCGUAUGGCUCUGGAAAUGCUCCUGAAAUGACGGACCCAGAGAAGUUCGACGAACGACAUUUUGAACGACAGUUAUAUGUCCUUCGAAAGCGUGCCACUCACUCCAUCGGUCUUCAUAAUUGGUUUUACCUCUGCUCCCUGUCAAACAAGAAUAUUGUUUACAAAGGACAACUUGCCCCUGUCCAAGUUUAUCAGUAUUAUCAUGAUCUGGUAAAUGCCGACUACCAGGCGCACUUUGCUCUUGUACACUCUCGUUUCUCCACCAACACUUUCCCUUCAUGGGAUCGUGCUCAGCCGCUGCGGUGGGCAGCCCAUAACGGUGAGAUCAACACUCUUCGCGGAAACAAGAACUGGAUGCGCGCCCGAGAGGGAGUUAUGCAAUCUGACAUUUUCGGUGACGAGCUUGAACAUCUGUACCCCAUCGUUGAGACUGGUGGCUCAGACUCGGCGGCCUUUGAUAACGUACUGGAGCUGCUCACGAUCAAUGGCGUGCUUUCAUUACCUGAAGCUGUCAUGCUGAUGGUUCCCGAAGCCUGGCAAGGUAACACUGCCAUGGAUCCUAAGAAGGCAGCAUUCUAUGAAUGGGCGGCUUGCCAAAUGGAACCGUGGGAUGGUCCUGCUCUCUUCACGUUCGCUGACGGUCGAUUUUGUGGUGCCAACUUGGACCGAAACGGUCUCCGUCCUUGCCGAUACUACGUCCUGGAUGAUGACCGCAUCAUCUGCGCUUCGGAAGUUGGUACCAUUCAUGUUGAUCCUGAGCGAGUUAUCCAAAAGGGCCGCCUACAACCAGGUCGCAUGCUUUUGGUUGAUACUCAAGCUGGGCGUAUAAUUGAUGAUGCGGAGUUGAAGGCAGCUGUGUCAAAUCGCAACGACUUCCGCAGCUGGAUUGACAACGAGCUUAUCAGCCUACCUAAAGUUCUUAGCCAAAUAUCGGAAAACAAGGCCAUAGAUAUUGCAGCGAAGCCAGAUGCCACAAAGCUUCAGGAAGACCCUCUCUUGCUGGCAUUCGGAUAUACUUAUGAGCAGGUUAGCCUGCUUCUUGCACCCAUGGCUUCAGACGAGAAGGAGGCAUUGGGCUCUAUGGGCAACGAUGCACCGCUAGCCUGUCUCUCACAAGCACCCCGUCUCCUUUAUGAGUACUUCCGACAGCUUUUCGCCCAAGUUACUAACCCUCCCAUCGACCCUAUUCGAGAGUCUAUUGUCAUGUCGCUCGAGUGUUACGUUGGCCCACAAGGCAACUUGCUCGAGAUGGAUGCUUCUCAGUGCGGUCGGCUGCUACUUCCAAGCCCGAUUCUGUCUAUCCCGGAAUUCAACGCACUGACUAAUAUGUCCAAGCUACACCCCGAAUGGACGGUGAAGACUAUUGAUCUCACUUUCCCCAAAUCAGAAGGCACUGCUGGGUACAUAAAGCACCUCGAUUAUAUAUGCAAUGAGACCACAGCUGCCAUCGAGGCCAGGGAUAGGAUCAUCGUGCUUUCCGACCGAAAGACGUCCGCUGAUCGUGUGGCUGUCUCGUCGCUUCUAGCUUCGGGUAUGGUCCAUCAUCACCUUGUCACCAACAAAUGGCGAUCAAUGGCUGCUAUUGUGCUCGAAACCGCCGAGGCCCGUGAAGUCCACCAUAUGUGUGUAUUACUCGGUUACGGUGCUGAUGCUAUCAACCCUUAUCUCGCCAUGGAAUGUAUCUUGAAGCUUAACCGUGAGGGCUUGAUUCGAAAGAACCUCCCUGAUGAUACUCUCAUCGCCAACUAUAAGCACUCCUGCGACGGUGGAAUUUUGAAGGUCAUGAGUAAGAUGGGAAUUUCUACCUUGGCCAGUUACAAGGGUGCCCAGAUCUUCGAGGCUCUCGGUGUGGACGAUUCAGUUGUUGAGCGAUGUUUCAGGGGCACAGCCUCGCGAAUCAAGGGUCUCACCUUUGAUCUUAUUGCGGAGGAUGCAUUCCGUUUCCACGAGCGUGGCUACCCCUCUCGUUACACAGUUGGAAUUCCUGGCCUGCCAGAGUCCGGCGAGUACCACUGGCGUGAUGGUGGUGAAGCUCAUAUCAAUGACCCGACUUCCAUUGCGAACAUCCAAGAUGCUGUUCGGACCAAGAAUGAUAAAUCAUAUGAAGCCUACUCACGCUCGGAGUACGAGCAAAUCAAGUCCUGUACGCUUCGUGGCCUGCUUGACUUCAAAUUUGAGGAGUACAACCCCAUCCCGAUCGAACAAGUAGAGCCAUGGACAGCAAUUGUGACAAGAUUCUGCACGGGUGCCAUGUCUUAUGGUUCAAUCUCUAUGGAAUCGCACUCUACCCUAGCUGUUGCUAUGAAUAGGCUCGGUGGCAAGUCGAACACUGGUGAAGGUGGCGAGGACCCUGAGCGAUCUCAACUCAUGCCCAAUGGUGAUACCAUGAGGUCUGCGAUCAAGCAAAUUGCCUCGGGAAGAUUUGGUGUCACUUCAGCAUACCUUGCCGAUUCUGACGAGCUUCAGAUCAAGAUGGCACAGGGUGCUAAGCCCGGUGAGGGUGGUGAGCUUCCAGGUUACAAGGUCUCCAAAUCAAUUGCUCGAACCCGACACUCGACCCCUGGUGUUGGUCUUAUCUCACCACCCCCUCACCAUGACAUUUACUCUAUCGAAGAUCUGAAGCAACUUAUUUACGAUCUCAAGUGCUCAAGCCCCCGUUCUCGCGUGUCCGUCAAACUUGUCUCCGAGACGGGUGUUGGUAUCGUUGCUUCGGGUGUCGCAAAGGCUAAGGCUGAUCAUAUCCUCAUUUCUGGACACGAUGGUGGCACUGGUGCUAGUAGAUGGACCGGAAUCAAGUACGCAGGUCUCCCAUGGGAACUUGGUCUUGCCGAGACCCACCAGACACUGGUCUUGAAUGAUCUACGUGGCCGCGUUGUCGUCCAGACUGAUGGUCAACUUCGAACUGGACGCGAUGUUGCUAUCGCUUGUCUGCUUGGUGCUGAAGAGUGGGGUUUUGCCACAACGCCGCUGAUUGCGAUGGGAUGUAUCAUGAUGAGGAAGUGCCACUUGAAUACAUGUCCCGUGGGAAUAGCAACGCAAGACCCUGAACUUCGCAAGAAGUUCAACGGUACUCCUGAGCACGUUAUCAACUUCUUCUACUAUGUUGCUAACGAGCUCAGAGCUAUCAUGGCUCAACUCGGGUUCCGAACAAUCAACGAAAUGGUUGGCCAUGUAGAGUGUCUUAGGGUUCGAGACGAUUUACGAUCUAGCAAGACCGCUAACAUCGACCUUUCGCUUAUUCUCACUCCCGCACAUAUGCUCCGACCCGGCGUCGCUACUUUCAAUGUUCGAAAGCAAGACCAUCGUCUCUAUGUCCGCUUAGAUAACAAGCUUAUAUCGGAGGCUGAGUUGACCCUCGACAAGGGGCUUCCUUCUCGCAUUGAGUGUGACAUUGUGAACACCGAUCGGGCCAUGGGAACUUCCCUAUCUUACCAAAUCUCUAAGCGAUAUGGAGAAGCUGGCCUUCCGAUGGACACCGUCCAUGUAAACAUCAAGGGCUCAGCUGGCCAGUCUUUUGGUGCCUUCCUGGCUCCUGGUAUCACUCUAGAGCUAGAGGGUGACUCUAACGAUUAUGUCGGCAAGGGCCUGUCUGGUGGCCGGCUCAUCAUCUAUCCGCCACGAUCGGCUGUUUUCAAGGCAGAGGAGAACAUUUUGAUUGGCAAUGUCUGCUUGUACGGAGCUACUAGUGGUACAUGCUUCUUCAGGGGUGUCGCUGCAGAGCGUUUUGCUGUCCGAAACUCGGGCGCAACUGCUGUUGUUGAGGGUAUUGGUGACCACGGUUGCGAGUACAUGACCGGUGGGCGAAUAGUCAUCCUCGGAAGCACUGGCCGCAACUUCGCAGCCGGUAUGUCUGGCGGCAUUGCCUAUGUCCUUGAUAUACAUGGCGAUUUCCUUUCCAAGCUUAACAUGGAGAUGGUUGAAGCUUCUGAGGUUGAAGAGCCUACCGAGAUUGCUUUCCUUCGAGGUCUCAUCGAAGAUCACCACCACUACACCGGAUCUGAACUCGCUGCUCGAAUCCUUGUAGACUUUAACCGUGCUCUACCACGAUUCGUCAAAGUCCUACCGGUGGAUUACAAACGUGUCCUUGAGGAGGAGGCCAUCAAGGCUGCUGAGGCCAAGCGCGCCGAGUACAAUCUUCCUAUUGUGUCUGGUGUUCAAGCUAAGAAAGAGGAGAAGUCGGCCAAGCUCCAGGAUAUUGAAGAGACUAUUGGCGACAAUGCGGCCGAUAAGAAGCGCGCCCUUGUACUUGACAAGACUAGGGGUUUCAUGAAGUACCAGAGACGCUCCGAGAAGUAUCGUGCUGUGAAGACCAGAACCAAGGAUUGGGCUGAGCUUUCCCAACGUCUGAGCGAGGACGAACUCAAGUACCAGUCAGCUCGGUGCAUGGACUGUGGUGUUCCUUUUUGCCAAUCUGAUACUGGAUGUCCAAUUUCUAACAUCAUUCCGAAGUGGAAUGAGUUGGUGUUUUCCAACCAGUGGCAAGAGGCUCUCAACCGCUUGCUCAUGACUAAUAACUUCCCGGAAUUUACUGGUCGUGUGUGCCCUGCACCCUGUGAAGGAGCUUGCGUUCUCGGUAUCAAUGAAGAUCCUGUUGGCAUAAAGUCUAUCGAGUGCGCCAUCAUCGACCGUGGCUUCGAGAUGGGUUGGAUGAUACCGCGACCGCCUGAGGUUCGAACGGGUAAGACAAUCGCUAUCAUUGGUUCUGGACCUGCUGGUCUCGCCUGUGCCGAUCAAUUGAACAAAGCUGGGCAUAGCGUCACUGUCUACGAACGCUCUGACCGAGCUGGUGGACUGCUUAUGUACGGAAUUCCGAAUAUGAAGCUCGACAAGCGCGUGGUCAAGCGCAGAACCGACUUCAUGGCUGCCGAGGGUAUACAAUUCAAGACUGGUGUCACUGUUGGUGAGGACAUCACUUUACUGGGUCUCAAGGAGACGAAUGACGCUGUCGUGAUUGCUACUGGCGCUACAGUUGCUCGAGAUCUCCCGAUCAAGGGCCGCAACCUCGAGGGUAUUCAUUUUGCCAUGGAAUUCCUACACAAGAACACCAAGUCUCUCCUCGAUUCUGAGCUAGCUGACGGCGCUUACCUCUCUGCCAAGGACAAACACGUCAUAGUCAUUGGUGGUGGUGACACUGGUAACGAUUGCAUCGGUACCUCUGUUCGCCAUGGCGCCAAAUCAGUCAUCAACUUCGAACUUCUUCCCCAGCCUCCACCUCAGCGUGGCCGUGACAACCCCUGGCCCCAGUGGCCACGCAUUUACCGUGUCGACUACGGUCAUUCAGAGGUGGCUCAACACAUGGGCAAGGACCCUCGUGAAUACUGCAUCAUGUCUGAGGAGUUCGUCGACGAUGGUAGUGGACGUGUCAAAGGAAUCAACACUAUCCGCGUUGAGUGGACCAAGUCUGCUACCGGGGGUUGGGACAUGAAGAAACUCGAGGAUACCAAGCAAUUCUUCCCCGCCGACCUCGUCCUCCUAUCUAUGGGCUUCCUUGGCCCCGAGGCCCGUGUACUUGGGGAUGAGAUUGAAAAGGAUGCCCGCAAGAACGUGAAGACUCCUGGUGGUUCCUAUGCUACUAAUGUCCCGGGCAUUUUCGCAGCUGGUGACUGCCGCCGUGGACAGUCCCUGAUUGUUUGGGGUAUCAACGAAGGACGACAGUCCGCUCGCGAGGUUGACUUGUAUCUCCAGAACUACACCAACUUGCCUGUAACGGGUGGCAUUAUCAAGCAGACGGCCGAAGAGAUUCUCGGCGCUAUUUCUGCGUAA